GUGAUUGCAAAGUAGCGUUUUUGAUUUAUUAUUAUAGUUGAGAUGUCAUUUUACAUUUAAUGCUAUGAGAUCAUAUGGGCCGCGAGUCAAGAUUGUUUCUAGUCCGCCUGAUGACGUAAAAAAGAUCACCUGUUCACGGUUCUCUGUACAGAGGUGUUCCGCGAGAUGAAAAGGUUCAUGAACUACCCACGAAUAGCGAAUGCUAUUCUCUCUGCCUCGUUUAACUGUGCUACACAUGUACUAGGCACCCCUGACUCCACUGACUGAAAGUAGAUUCCCCGAAAUUAAGGAAAAUGCGUUUUGCUCCCUCUAGCGUUAGAUGACAUGAUGGCACCGCACAUUGACUUGACCAUGAAAUUGAAAGGACACCGUUGGAAUUGGAGUAAUAGGAUGGAAACGCGGUGUUGAAACAGGCUUUUUCCAACACGCAGUUAAAAGGAGGAGUAUGUGCCCUAAGGGACGCAGACGAUUUUCAAGACAAAAACUGAGCAAAUCAGAGAACAUUUCAAAAGCCGUACCUUUUUCUUCUGUGCUCUGCUUUCCACUACGGGGACGGUUGGCUCUUGACCCUGGCCUUGAGACAGCGGUGUUUAAAAAGUCAAUCGCUUGUCUGUCUGGGACACUUGAACUAGGAGACCGGCGGGCGGCCCGUGGAUUUCAGCGUGUAGUCGGUGUGCGGAGCAGUGAGCCCACGGAGAAACAAGUAGGGGAUAGAAACGUUACAGCAAGAAAUUCACCUGUACUUUUCCUUUAAUUUUUUUUAAUUAUUUGUAUUAGGUACAGCAGUAAUACCCUAAGAAUAAUAGUCGCCUUAACCUGGUCAGUUUAAAACACACAGGAACAGACUCGUGAUGUUAAAUUUCAAUUCCAUUGGAAAAAAUACAAACAUAUCGUUUGUAAUUGACUUACUUAUGAUACUGGCACGUUAUUAAAUACACAAAGUGAAACGGUCUGGGAAGAUUCCUGCGUUUGAACAUUUGAAAAUAGGUGUAAAGGCGUAUUUGCAGAUUAUUUCGAAAUGUAAAAACGUGAAAGUGCUGCGGACUCUUUGUUCACAGCUGAAACUUUUUUCAUCAUAUCUGUAUUGUAAUAUGUACCCCUGACGAUUUGUGAUGUUAUAGGUACUCUUGUUUGUAUUGCAUUUUAUGUUGUUAUUGUUCGAAUAAAAAGUUUUUCUUUUUAAUUCUGUCAUAAUCGUGAAACCCACACACUGCUGUUACAGGCUCCUUCCUCUACUUGGCCUAGAACGGGAAGUUCUUCGGUUUCGUACCCAGACCCGAGUGAACCGAAACCGAAACCACGGGUUCGAGUAGCUUAAAGUUUCAGGCUCUGCGCUCGGGAGUUACUUGGCUAACCACCCCGCAGAAAGAGAGCCCGCAGACAUGUCGGUGGAGUUCUUCGGCUGGGAGGUGCAGUACGAUGACGACCAGCACCUGGCGGCGGAGCAGGAGCCCAAGGCGGGGCGCCUGUACACCAUGUACCACGGCACCUCGGUCAGCCAGGCCCGCAACAUCAUCGCCGGGGGCUUCAGGCAGUCCCCCGACGGCAUGCUGGGGCCCGGGGUGUACGUCAGCAGGAACCCCCGCAAGGCCGAGCGCUACCCCCUCCAGGCCCCCGCCACGGACAAGGUGGUGCUGAAGCUGAGGGUGGACACGGGCCGGGUGAAGCGGAUCGACACCGACAACCACCCCCUGCAGAAGACCUGGCACAGCCACGGCUACGACACCGCCUGGGUGCCCCCCAACUGCGGCAUGAAGGCCGUGCCCAGCGGGCUGGAGGAGGACUGCGUGUGGGACCCCAGCAAAGUGGAGGUGAUCGACGUCACCCGCGCCCCCGACGCCAACACCCAGGCGGAGCUGAAGGGCCUGAUCGCGCAGCAGCAGAAGGGGAAGAGGGCGGCGGCGGCCGGGGCCGACUCGUGCCGGCUGUGCAAGAGGAGGGCGGACUCCGCCCACCCCGUGGAGCGCUGCUGGGGCUGUGGGAAGAGCAUCUGCACCUACAUGCCCAGACACCAGUGCGUGUAGCUGCGCGCCCUCUGUCCCGUCUCGGGCUCCCUGGGCCGCACUGGGGCAGGAUGUCUCCGGCCUGCUAGAGUGUAAUUCCAAGGACGGAUGACACGAUGUUAAAUAUCAUUUAUGACAUAUUAGAUAUGGCUGCUUUCUCAUCGGUAUUGAUUGUAUCACAUCCUGCAGCCGGAAAACCUUGAAAUGGACUAAAGUGCUGUGCAAUGGGAGUCUCCUUCGCUGUCAUCUUGUUUUUCUCUUGUUUACUGCCCUACUGGACAUUUCAGAGCUGUUCCUAUUUCUUGUACUAACCCUGAGGUCUUGGGACAUGCCUUUAUAGCUUACCACUGCUCUACAGGACCCUCUCUCUGCAGGCUGACAGACACUGACAGAGGCCCAGGGCUGCAACACCAGACCUGCCUGCAGGCCGUAUCACUGUGUCCUACACAGCACACUGACAGAGGCCCUGGGAUGCUGCAACACCAGAGACAUUUCUGCAGGAUGUAACACUGUCCUGUGCAGCUCACUGACAGAGGCCCAGGGCUGCUACACCAGAGACAUUUCUGCAGGAUGUAACACUGUCCUGUGCAGCUCACUGACAGAGGCCCAGGGCUGCUACAAUAGAGACCUGUCUGCAGGCUGUAACACUAUGUCCUGCGCAGCACACAGACAGAGGCCCAGGGCUGCAACACCAGAGACCUCUCUGCAGUCUGUAACACUGUCCUACACAGCACACAGACAGAGACCCAGGCUCUCUCUGGAGUGUAACUUUUUGUGCCUGCUCACUGCCAUGCUGAGGUUUGUGCAGAAUAUAUUUUUUCAGGGAUUUUAAAAGUUGAUAUGUACAUUUUUUUGUUCUUAUCUAAUUGCUGUACUGUGGACAAUGCAAGAUAGUGCAAUAAAAAUAGACAUUUCUUUA